AUGUUGGCGAGCUUUGGCGGCGGCGGCGGCGGUUACUCCGGACCUGGACGGGACGCGCGCCCGCCGCCGCCGCCGCCCGCCGCGCCCCGACCUGGGGGGGCCGCCCCGGGGCAGCCCCCCCUCCGCGCGCCCCCGCCCCGCGCGCUCGGCGCGCGCCCCACUAGCGCCCUGCGCGCGCCGCAGGCUGUAGCCGGCCGGGGUCGCAGCGCGCCUCCCCGCUCCGCCCCCUCGCGCGCCGCCCGGCGCCCCGCGCACGCGCGCCGCCCCCUGCCCCUUCAGCGAGGGUCUGCGGGGAGCGCGAGUCCAACGGUAAUGAUGAAACUCCUGCUCUGGUCCGAGCUACCGGUGAACAGCGCCCAGCGGGCCGGGCCCCCAACCUCGCUCCUGAGCCUGAACAUCCCCCCAUCCCCGCCGUGAGAAUUCAGCGAAGAGUAAAAGCUGGAAAAAGUUGCGUGUCUUAGGCUAAGCAGAACAAAGUGGGGUGACGGCUCCCCCGCUAGGAACAGAGAUGCCCUUAGGGAGCCCCCUGAUGGAAGAGCUCUCCGCUUAAGAAAGUCACCACUCCCUUACACUCAGCCCCCCUCAAUCUGAUUCCCUGCUAUGCCUGCCGUCACCACUGGCCAGUUUUACCACAUGCUUCUCAAGACCCAAGGCACAAUAGGCAUAAAGUUGUCCCGAAAAGGACAAGAGGAGUGUCAGAAGUAGGAAUGGCAGUCGAAGGAGCUUGGUCUGCCAGCAGAAAGCUGAAAUGACAGGCAAGCACAAAAUAUAUUAAUGAGACAAAGCUAUGCAUGAGCGAAAUAUCAAACUUUCAUCUUCUACCCACUUUUUUUUUUUUUUUUUUUUUUUUUUUUUGCUUAAAAACAGGAAGACAGAAUGUCUUGUCAAGGGUCACCCGAGGAGGAGGAGUAAAUUCCCCAAAAAGCGGAACAUAUUUUAUGAUUUAAUUAAUACAAUUCCUCUCAAUGUGUCUGUUUAUCAUUUGAGCAUCCACAUGAUCAGACCUGACAUCUGCCUACAUUUUCUUGGUCGUCUUUGACUUCAGUUAAGAACCUUUUGCUCUUUUUUUUCCCCCAGCAGCACAGUGUAGUAAGUUUGGAACAAGACACACCUGAAAUCAAAUCCCUGCUCUGUGCUGGGUGAUCUUAGAGGCAAUCUUUUACCUCUUUCUACUUUAUUGUUCUCAUAGGAAAAGUGGAAAUGAAGCCUUUUACCCCAGGGUUGUUGAGAAGACAGAGGAGAAAAAGCACAUAAAAAUGCACCUUGUCGGGCGUGGGGCUCACACCUGUAAUCCCAGCACUUUGGGAGGCUGAGGCAGGUGUAUCGCUUGAGGCCAGGAGUUCAAGACCAGCCUGGCCAACAGGAGAAAUACAUUAAAAAUAAUGUCUCUAUUAAAAAUACAAAAAUUAGCCAGGCAUGGUGGUGCACGCCUGUAAUCCCAGCUACUCAGGAGGCUGAGGCAGAAGAAUCGCUUGAACCCAGGAAGCAAAAGCUGCAGUGAGUCGAGAUCGCAGCACUGGCCAGGCACAGUGGCUCACACCUGUAAUCCCAGUACUUUGGGAGGCUGAGGUGGGUGGAUCACAAGGUCAGGAGAUGGAGACCAUCCUGGCUAACACGAUGAAACUGCAUCUCUACUAAAAAUACAAAAACAAAAUAAGCUGGGCGUGGUGGUGGGCGCCUGUAGUCCCAGCUACUUGGGAGGCUGAGGCAGGAGAAUGGCAGGAACCCGGGAGGCAGAGCUUGCUGUGAGCCGAGAUUGCACUGCUGCACUCCAGCCUGGGCAAGAGAGCAAGACCCUGUCUCAAAAAAAAAAAAAAGGCAUUUUGCCUGGCACCCAGUAGAUCCUCAAUAAAGGUCAUGGCACUUCCUCUA